CCCGUCAUAGACCUUUCCCCAUCGCAUCCGCCAUUUCCACCACCGCAGCGGGAACAAUGAAGCCACUCACUCGCCUGGGCAAUGCGACCCUCCGCCGGCCAUUCCGCGCCGUCGCCAAUCCGGCACGCUUCACCUCUAGAGGCCGAGGUGUGUCACGGCCAAGUGUCGCUCCAAGAGCGGCUUUCCGAGCAUUUCACGCCUCAGUGCGCUUCUCUGGCAUCAUGCCCGACGCGGAGAACCCAGCCCCCAAGGAAAGCGAGCCGUCAGAGCGCAUCACCGCCCCGACCGACAUCACGACUUCCGAAUACAAUCAGCGGGCAGAUGAGUAUCUGGACGAGCUGGUGAGUCGGUUGGAGGCGGAGCAAGAGAAGCGGCAGGAUCUUGAGGUCGAGUAUUCAGCCGGCGUGCUCGAAGUGUCGAUUCAAUCCAAGGGUACAUAUGUCCUCAACAAGCAACCCCCCAACAAGCAAAUCUGGCUCAGCUCGCCCUUGUCGGGCCCAAAGCGGUUCGAUUGGGUAGUCACAGGGGAGUCGAUGAACGAGAAGGAGGGCAGCGGGAUGGGCGACUGGGUUUAUCUCCGCGACGGCACGUCUCUGACUGAGCUGGUGCGGAAGGAGCUGGGUGUGCAGCUGGGAGUAGACGGCGAUGUACCGAGCUGACGGCCGAGUUCAUAGUGCAGCUAUGUCGGGAAAAUUGCUUCUACCCUAAUGUAUCCAGAACGCCAACAAAAUGCAGAUGUGAUAGCCCACGCUCCCGCACACACGGCCAUCUAUGCGGAGAUGGCAACGG